AUGUGGUUGUUGCAUCCUGGGUUCCAUGAGGUGGUGGCUAAUUCAUGGAAUAUUGAUAUGGAGACGCAUUGCCCAAUUUAUCGUGUUAUGUCCAAGCUUCGGAGGCUGUGUGGGGAGCUAAGAACUUGGAAUAAAGAUGUCUUUGGUCAUGUGGAUAUUCAAAUUGCGGAUCAUCAGAGGCACCUCUUGUCGGUUCAAAAUAAUAUCUCGGUCAUGGGCUACUCGGAUGAGUUAUUUGAUGAAGAGGUGGGAGCUCAAGCUGCGCUGAAUUCUAUUUUGGCUAGGAAGCAUAGUCUACUUCAACAAAAAUGUAGGGCGCAUUGGCUGACUGAUGGGGACAGGAAUACCGAGUUCUUUCAUCGUCUCCUCAGAUUUCGUAAGAAUAAUCUUCGCUUGGAGCAUUUGAGAAUCGGGGACACGGUUUCGUAUGAUCAGAAUGUUAUUCAGCAACAUAUUGUGGAUUUCUUUUCCAAUCUCUUCAAGGAUGACCUUCAACAUCAGGUGGACGUGACUAUGCUUGAGGCUAAUAUUGAUCAUUAUGUCACUGAUGAUCAUAAUGCGGCUCUCAUCAGGAUUCCGGAUGACGAAGAGAUUCAUGCUGCUGGAGAUGUGCUCAAGGCGGUGAAGGGGUUUUUCAUCAACUCCUACUUGCCGACAGGCUGUAAUGCCAACAUUUUGAUUCUCAUUCUGAAGAAAGAGACCGUGGACACCGUAGCGGACCUCCGCCCUAUCAUUCUGUCCAACUUCUUCUUCAAAAUUAUCUCGAAGAUUUUGGCCACGAGGCUCAACAAAGUUGCGGCAGAGCAUGUCUCUCCAAAUCAAUUUGGCUUCAUUGGGGGUAGAUCCAUUCAUGAUUGCAUUAUUCUGGGUUCUGAGGGCUUAAGUUCUAUGAAUCGUAUUGGUCGUAAGUCGAACAUGGCUUGCAAGAUCGAUAUUCGCAAGGCUUUUGACACCAUGAGUUGGGAUUUCAUUCUGAAAGUCCUCGGUGUCAAUGGGUUUCACGAGAAGUUUGUACACUGGAUUUCCAUCAUCUUUUGCUCUGCUCGUAUCUCCAUUUUGUAUAAUGGACAGCUCAGUGGUUAUUUCCCUUGCUCGCGUGGUGUUCGACAGGGUGACCCGCUCUCACCUAUUCUUUUUGGCAUUGCGGAUGAUGUGUUAAGUCAUAUCCUGCUUAAUUGUGUUCGCUCCCAUCACUUGAUUCCCUUGGAUUUUAGCCAGGCUUCUCAUUUCCCUACGCAUCUAUUUUAUGCUGAUGAUAUUCAGAUUUUUCGCAAGGCUUCUCUCAGGAACGCACACAAGAUCAAAGAGAUUCUGGACUUUUAUGGUGGUUUGUCUGGCCAAAUAUGUAGUUCUCAAAAGUCGAAUGUGUCUCAGGCUAUGCAGAGGAGUAUCGUUCGUGAGCUUGAGUUUGGCAUGGGCAGCCUCCCUGUUAACUACUUGGGGGUUCCGCUCUUCUCUGGUCGUAUGAAGGCUUCUUAUCUACGCCCUAUCUAUGAUAAAAUCAUUCAAAAGUUCUCUAGAUGGAAAGGCUUGCAUUUGUCUAUGGCGGGUAGAAUUUGUCUUUGUUAUGAUUGGCUGGGAUAUAAGUUGGUGGAUAAACUUGGUAUUCCUGAUUACAUGCACAUGUACUUGAACCAGGCGGUUGAUGAUUACUACUAUGAUGGUAUUUGGCAUUUCACGGAAGACUUUGUGAUUCGAUUUCCGGAUGUGGUGGUGGAUAUGCUUGUCCUCCCGAUUGGUGAGGAGGAAGACGCGCGUUUUUGA